AUGAUAACGGGGAACCCUCAGACGACCUGGUACCUGCCAUUCUCGACACGGCCCAUCAGUACAACAUCCAGGUAUGGCUCCCAUGGUGCAUUUUACCGCUAUAAGAACAGCAUGGGUAAGAGCCUCCCACUCUUUUAUAUCUACGACUCAUACCUGACAUCCCCGGAGGCCUGGGCCCACCUCCUGACACCCAACGGGCCCCACUCAAUACGCAACACCCCCUAUGAUGGGGUCUUCAUCGCACUGCUGGUGGAAGAGGGCCACACCCAUGACAUCCUGGCUGCCGGGUUUGAUGGCAUGUACACGUACUUCGCCUCCAAUGGUUUCUCCUUCGGCUCCUCCCAUCAGAACUGGAAAGCUGUGAAGAGCUUUUGUGAUGCCAACAACCUCAUGUUCAUCCCCAGCGUGGGGCCUGGCUACAUAGACACUAGCAUCCGGCCCUGGAACAACCACAAUACUCGGAACAGGGUCAAUGGCAAGUACUAUGAGACAGCCCUGCAGGCAGCCCUGACCGUGAGGCCCGAGAUCGUCUCCAUCACAUCUUUCAAUGAGUGGCACGAGGGCACCCAGAUCGAGAAGGCCAUCCCCAAGAAGACGCCAACACGUCUGUAUUUGGACUACCUGCCUCACCGGCCCAGCCUGUACCUGGAGCUGACUCGCCGCUGGGCAGAGCACUUCAUCAAAGAGAAGGAGCAAUGGCUGAUGUGAGGAGCCUAGCCAUGAGGUGCCAACGUCCUGGCCUCCCCGGAAGGUGUCACCGUGUAGGGUUCAGCUGAGGUUAGAGGAACUUGCCAGUCUCCCAGUCGGCAGCAGGGCGCCUCUGGCUGGGCCAUCAGGCUGGGCCCGUGUGGAACAGAGCUCGUUCCUCAGGCAUGUGGUGCUGGGGUGCUCUGCAGGGACAGGAAGUGAGGCAGGGUUCCAGAGAGGGGACCAAAGAGGCUGGCAGGUGACUGGACUCAGCCCAGGGCCGCUCCACAUCUUGUCGUAAAUAAUCCCUUCGCGCUGACAACUCAGCAGGUUGGUGUUGCGUAGCAGCGCCCAGGGCACUGCUCUUAGGAGGGGUCAGGGCUCCGGGCGAGCACGCGCCCUGCUCCCUCUGCAGCCUCCUUCCCACAGCAUCUGUCUUCUCCAAGUGAGGGAACCACCUCUGAAACCUCCCAAAAGAGAAAUUCUAGGUUUAAGCCCUUCCCAGUAGAUUCCUGAACACAGUGAUCGGGAAAUAACCCUGAGCGUUUGUACAUUCACUCAGCCAUACUAACGGAGCACCUGACUGUGGGCUAGGCACCGGGGAGAGACUUCACAUGGAAAGGUUCCUUUCUUCCAAAAGCUUCCAGGAUCCAGCUUUCCUUAUUUGGCGUGGCCUUGUAGCUAGUGCCUGAGCACAGAUUUUCCUUUUUCGCAGUUCUGUCCAGUGCUGGCAGUUCAAUUCUUUUCUCCUCUAAGAAAAUACCUCUGUGCCCCAGAGCCCGCAUUUCCCCAGAUGACCAGUUAGCUCCAGGGAGAGGACCAGGACAUCCUCCCUCCCUUUAGCUGACUAAACCGAAUGAGGCCCACUCAGUAGAGCCAUUUUCAGUGCUACUGUGAUUUGUAUUAAUUAAAUAUGACAUGGUCUUCUCAAGUAAGCAUUCCUUUUGCUCUCAAGCCUUCCUGAACUCUGAGCCCUCCUUCAAAUGCUGUGACAAACUGACAUGUGAGACGGGCUGGCCAGUGUCAGCACAAGGAAGAGUGAGGAUGCUUUAAGAAACGAGGAGUGCAAACGAAAUUUUUAGAGGGGAUAUUUAACCGUGCUUAUUUACAAAUAAAUGAAUAUACUCGUUGGGGCCCUCAGAGCAGACCCUGGAACACCUUCUUGGCAAGAUUUAGUAGCUACUUGGAAAUACGUGCAUUACUUUAUGGGCUCAAGCCUGAAUCCCAGUUGUGGGACUAGGGUGCAAGGCAGGAGGGGAGGAGGUGGCGGCCUAUGGAUUACCAUGGGACCCCCAGCUCCAGUUAGGUAAUGCCUCCAAUGGACAGGGCCGAUGAGGACAGGAGCACAGCGCUGGAUGGCAACCUGCAGUACGUUACAGAAGGGAGAAACCCUGAGGCUUCAUUUCACACAUACACGGUUUGAAAAGUACUAAAAGUGUGGCAAGCUUGGGACCAGGAGCAGUAAUUCUCAUUCGUUGCAGCUUGAUCAGUUCUUUCAAAGGCUCAUCUGUAGCAAGAGCCAUAAAGAUGUUCAUACACUUUGACCCUGUAAUCCUACCCCUAAGGAAAUAAUUCAAAAAAAGAAAUAUAAACUAUUUACAAAACAUUUUCUAUUAAAGAAAAACAAGGUUCAAA